AUGUCUACUGAUAAACAAUUAACUGAUGGUUUACGCAAAUUUCAGCAAAUGUUUGAUCCCAUACUCGACAAAGUUAUGGCCAACUCGUUGGAGUCGGACAUCAAUGGUUUGCGCGAGACUUUGAAUCAAAUGUACGACUAUAUUGUCCGUCGGCGAGAGUUUGACGAUUUUGCCGAAAUACUUAUACAGUCGUACAGUGUACUGAGUGGCCACAAACCGGGUGACCAUGAAUUUGAUAACCGUGUCUAUGCCUUGGCCUGGGCUGUAGCACUGGCAAUGGUUCAUUUUGAUUUACUGGAUGACGUUAUGGACCGAUCGGAUACACGCGAUGGUCAGCCGUGUUGGCAUACAUUGCCAACAGUGGGUAUGUCGGCCCUAAACGAUAGUACUAUAGUAUUGUCGGCCACCUAUAAGAUUUUGAAACUAUAUUUUAGUGAUCAUAAAAAUUAUAUGCAAAUUGUUCACUGCAUUCAAGAGUGUAUUGAAAAGACAGCCUACGGCCAAUUGUUGGACAUGCAGUUUACCCGUUCCCAAAAUGACCAUGUUGAUCUUAAUACCUAUACCUAUGAUAAUUAUAAGCUGAUUAACAAAUAUAAAAAUGCCUACUUUGCUACCGGUGCAUUUUUGUUGGGUAUGUAUACAUCGGGUCAGUCAUCGUACGAUCAUUUGGACAAAAUUCAGGACAUGUUGACCACAUUAGGCAUUUUGGUCGGUGUUAUCGAUGAUGUGGAAGAUUUGCUAACCGAUGGCACCGAUAUUGUUGAGGGCAAGUGCACCUGGCUUUACGUUAGGGCAUUACAGUUGGCCGAUAAUAGUCAAAAUUCAUUACUAUUGGCUAACUAUGGACUCAAGGAUCCCAGUGCUGUCCAACUGAUCAAACAAUUGUACGACCAGUUGAAUGUCAAAACCGAGGCCAAGGAGUUUGUCAAAAGCGAGACCCGACUAUUGAAACAAAAAUGUUUGGACAUCAGUACUGGCAAUGCUAUUCUCAAUCAAUUGCUUAACAAAUUCAUUGCAAUCUAUGAGAAAUAUUUUAAAACUAUUUAG